GUGUUAGUGCAUGGAAAUGGAUGGUUUUUUUAAUGACCACACUGCUUCUCCUGAUGAUCGUUACGCUGGACCUGGAGAUGUGGAGUGUGAUUCCUGCACCGGGAGAAAACGCAAAGCUGUCAAGUCCUGUGAGGACUGUAAGACCUCCUAUUGUGAACACCAUCUUAAACCUCAUCUUCAGUCUCCUGCCUUUAAGAGGCACAAAUUAAUGGAAGCCUGUGAGCUCCAAGAGAAAUUCUGCUCUCAGCAUAACAAACUGAUCGACAUCUACUGUCGUACUGACCAAAGCUUCAUCUGUUACAUGUGUAUGAUGGGAGAACAUAAAGAUCAUGAUAGAGUUUUAGCUGAAGCAGAAAGAAGUAAACAACAGCCUGAGCUAGAGGAAAUGCAAUUGCAAUUCCAGCAGAGGAUACAAACGAAGAUGGAAAGGAUGCAGAAGCUGAAACAGUCUGUUGACUCAAUUAAAAUGCGUGCACGAGCAGCAGUAGAUGACAAUGAGAAGAUCUUUACUGAGCUGAUCAGCCUUAUGGAGAAAAAGCGCUCGGAGGUGACAGAGAAGAUCAGAGCUCAGGAGAAAGCUGAACUGAGUCGAGCUGAACGACUCCUGAAGCCACUGGAGAAAGAGAUUGCUGAUCUUAAGAGGAGAGUCACUGAGAUGAAGAAGCUUUCACAAACAGAAGAUGAUGUCCACUUCCUCCAGAGUUUCCCGUCUCUCUGUGUUUCUCCUGGAUGUGAGGACUCACCCAGCUUUACUGUCAAUCAACAUCUCUCAUUUGAUGGAGUGCAGAAAUCUCUUUCAGAUCUGAGAAAACGAAUUGAAGAAAUCUUUGAGGAAGAAUUCAACAAAAUUAAUCCACGUGCUGCAGUUCAGACGGGUGUACUCUCAAAACCAAAAAGAGAAGAUUUUCUGCAGUAUUUUCGUUAUCUGACUCUGGAUCCCAACACAGCACACGAUCAGCUCAUUCUGUCUGAGAGGAGCAGAGCAGUGACACGGGUUAAGGAAGCACAGCAAUACUGUCAGCAUCCAGAGAGGUUUGACUCCUCGCUUCAGGUGUUGUGUCGAGAGAGUGUGUGUGGACGCUGUUACUGGGAGGUAGAGUGUAAGGGUAUGGGUGUGGACGUAUCAGUCUCAUAUAAAGAGAUCAGGAGGAAAGGAGAGAGUAAAGAGUGUGAUUUUGGAUACAACAGUAAGUCCUGGAAUCUGCAAUGUUAUCCUACUUCUGUAUCUUUCUGGCACAACAACAUUCAGACUAAGCUCCCAGGUCCAUCACCAUCCAGGAUAGGAGUGUAUGUGGAUCACAGUGCAGGAACUCUGGCCUUUAUCAGCAUCUCUGACACGAUGAGUCUCCUCCACAGAGUCCGCACCACAUUCACUCAGCCUCUGUUCGCUGGGUUCAGGAUAUGUUAUUAUAACUCAGCUGUGAAUUUAUGUGAUCUAAAGUAAAUGUAAUUUAAAUGCAUGGGUUAGACCCAUCUCUCACAUCUGUUUAAAGUUUGGUUUUUUUUUCUCGAUGGUAAUGGUUUAUCCAAAGUAAAAGGAGCACGGUUACCACAUACUUAGGGCUGCAGUCACAAUUAUGGUCUCAUUUAGAAUAAUAAUUCUAUGAGUUACUGACAGAGUAAUUUUAUGUCCUUAUCCAUGUAAGCAGUUAAGGGUUGAUGCCUUGAUCAAGGGCCCAACAGUGGCAACUUGGUGUUGUUGGGGUUUGAACUUGGGAUUAUCUAAUCAGUAAUAAAA